AGUUUGUACUUUGUGAAUGCUAGUUCAGAUGCCAUUCAUCUUUCUGUGUGCAGCAAAGAGGAGUCAUGCCUUUCCUGGAUCUGGACACCAAUAUUCCCCAGCAGGAUAUUGCAGAGGACUUCACUGAAAAGUUGUGCUCAGCUGCAGCAUCCAUCCUCAGCAAACCUAAGGAAAAUAUAAAUGUCACUGUAAGGGCUGGAGCCUCUUUGCUACUUUUUGGUGCACCAUCACCAUGUGUCCAGCUGAUAAUCUCUUCCAUUGGUGUAGUGGGAACAGCAGAAGAGAACAAAGAGCACAGUUCAAAAUUUUUUGAGUUUCUGACCAAAGCACUUGGCCUGACACCUGACAGGAUUCUGCUGCGUUUUCACCCUCUGGAGGCUUGGCAGAUUGGGAUAAAAGGAACCGUUGUGACAUAUAUGUGAUGCCUUACUAAUAUCAAAGAGUAUACAACUAUUCAAGAUGUUCUAUUGGAAAGCAUUUCAAGAUAUUCUUUAUUUUAUAUAUACUAUUCACGAUCUUUACAUAAUAAAAUAAAUUCCCUGCAGAUUAGAGAACAUCGGGACCAGAAAUUACAAUAUCUGUUAAUUGUGCUUUUUAUGGCUACAUGUUUGAGUCAAUGAAGAUUUACACACUAACUGUAUGCUAUGUAUUUUAAUAAAGUAUUAUGCCGCGCA